AUGGGCCCUGUGGCGCUCAGUUACUGUUUGAUGCUCAUCUACAUUUCGUUGGGCAUUAAUCGCAUCAAGUUCAGUCGAGAGUUCUUCAUUUCGUCCAAGAUCCUGGCCGGAUUCUGCGGUGUGAUAAGUAUUGCCUGCGGUGUGGCUUCGACGAUCGGUAUCUACAUGUGGGCUGGAGUCAAGCUCCAGCUUAUUAUCAUGGAAGUGGUUCCCUUCCUGUCGCUGGCCAUCGGUGUCGACAACAUCUUCUUGAUCAUCCACGCCAUGACGGAGAAGGAAGAUCAGCUCCGACGCGACCAGCCAAGUCUCUUUAUUGGUCUGGAGCACAACCCCAAGGCGAUCGAGGAGAUCACAACGGUCAUCUUGUCUGAGAGUAUCGCGUACAUCGGCCCCAGUAUCUUCAUGGCCUCCGCUGCUGAGUCGGUGGCAUUUGCGUUCGGUUCCAUCUCGGCGAUGCCUGUCGUGCUGUGGUUCGCUGCGAUGGCAUGCUGUGCUGUGGCGAUCAACUUUUGCUUCCAGAUGACGUUCUUCCUCUCUGUUCUUACUCUGGACAAGCGUCGCGAGCUGAGCGGCAAGUACGACAUCAUUUUCAAGCGGGCGUCAGCGGUGGCAGCACAGGCACCCGCCGCUCCUGAGACUGUUCAGCAUUCCUCAGAGCCGCUUGUGUCGCUGCAGCCCAAGACUCCAGCAGCGGACGAUGUCCGUCCUUCUGUCACGCCCGAGAACAGCACGCUGACGGAUGUCCUUGACUAUUGCGUGGAUGUCUACGCGUCGAUAUUAACCCACAAGCUUGUGAAGCUCGUCGUGCUGUUACUGUUCCUCGCGUGGACAUUGUGGUCUAUCUACUCGAUGGAAUCGCUGGACCAGGGCCUGCCGCAGAAGGAGGCCAUGCCUUCAGACUCGUACAUGAUCGAGUACUUCAACGCACUGGAUGUGUACCUCGCCACGGGUGUGCCGGUGUACUUCGUGGUCGAGACUGGCUAUGGUCGGAACCCCGAUGCUUGGUCACUGAACGAUGAGAGUGUCGAGACGAUCUUCUGCAAGUCCAAGGAUAUCUGCGGGACGUACUCAAUUCCCAACAUUAUGAACGCAUUGGCAAACGACGGUGACAAAACGAAUACCCACAUCAGCCCCGGCACGACCUACUCGUGGAUGGAUGACUUCUGGGGCUUCGUCAACCCUGACAGCGAGUGUUGCCGUGUGGAUUCCGAGGGCGCCUACGUCCCGAUCGAAACUGGCAACGACACGUACACGACUCUGCGCGCGGACGACGACACGUGCCUUGCUACGUCGGUGAUGAUUCCCCCCGUGCCUGAGGCCCAAUACAUGUCGCUCUUCAGUAUGUUCGCGACGGCAAGUGCUGGUACGUCGUGCUCGUACGGUGGUGGUUCGAUCUACCGUGGCCAGUUCAGUAUCGACUCGGAGCCCAUUCCGACCGUCAACGCCUCGACGCCUGCGGUGAAGAUCAACAGCAGUGGCUACGGUGACGAGAUCACGGCUUGGUCGUACAUGGUGACGGGCACGUCGAACCCGACGCAGCAGCGCUACAUCGACUCGUACAAGCAGAACCUUGCGGCGGCCGAGUGGAUCAGCGAGAAGACUGGUGUGGACAUCUGGGUGUACUCGCUGACGUACGUGUACUUCGAGCAGUACCUGACUGUGGUCGACGACGCCUACAAGCUCAUCGGUCUGGCGCUGGCGGCUAUCUUCGUGAUCACGACGCUGUACCUGGGCAACGUGUUCUACUCGCUGGUGAUCGCGUUGACGGCGACCAACAUCGUCGUGCUCGUGCUGGGUCUGAUGCAGCCGCUGGACAUCAUGCUCAACGGUCUGUCCAUUGUGAACCUGAUCAUCGCGGCUGGCAUCUCGGUUGAGUUCUGCGGUCACUACGUCCGGUUCUUCGCGAAGGCUCGUGGUACGGGCGACGAGCGAGCUCGCGAUGCUCUUCGCCAGGUCUUGACGUCGGUUGUGUUUGGCAUCACCAUCACGAAGGUCAUCGGUCUGAGUGUGCUGACACUCGCGGACUCGCGCGUGUUCAAGAAGUACUACUUCCGCAUGUACAUGAUGGUCGUGGUGUGCGGUGUGCUCAACGGCAUGUUGCUGCUGCCUGUGGUGCUGAGCACCAUCAUGGACGUCAAGAACUUUUUCCUCCGCAAGCGCUCGAGGAAGAGCGAGCUCCCGUUGGCCCCUGUCACUCGCGUAGAGUAAGUCAGCCUACUCUGUCACCAACUGUGUGGAGCUUUCAACG